AUGCCAGACUAUCCUUGUCCCGCGUACGAAGAAGCUGGCGAUUCUAGUUCCGAUGACGAUACUGAUGUUCUCCAAGGAUUUAUGUACAACGAUUCUGGGGAAUUAGUACCCGUCCCUAAAGAUGGUCCACCAAAUUCGGUGUCAACAACCGUGCCUACUACAGAACCCCCACCACCUUCAGAGUUUCCUCGUCCACCAAUGAAUCUGACUGCCCGAUUGGAGGCCGGUAAAAGAGAUGUGACCGUUCCGAGGGACGCCAAUGGAAAAUUUGGUGUGAAAAUUACCCGAAUGGGCUCUAGAUUUUUCUUGUCGUUUGUUGAACAAAGUUCAAGUGCCGCAAAAUGUGGUUUGGGAUUCGGCGACCAGAUUCUGGCUGUGCAUGGAAUUGAUACCAGCAGAAUGACCGGAUCUAGACUGAUGUGUGCUCUUGCACGCUCACCGGCCAAAGAGAUCUGCUUCACCGUUGUUCAGAGGUAA